CUCGCCAGCCGAUUAUUGUGAGUAUCUCGUUGAUCCUCUGUCUCUUUUUGCUUCCUAUCCCUGCUUUUUCAAAUCCCCCAAUCUCCAUCUCGCAUGGAUUGAACUCAAUUGACCUCUUUCGUUUACUUCUAGAUCUCCCUCCCCCCCCCCUCUGCGGGCGCUAAUAGCUCGACGUAGUCCCACGGCUUAAGCCAUAUGAUCGUCGAGGCAUUGUAGCAGAGAUGCCUGCAAAGUCGCGAUUCACGAGAUUAGAUGCGUUCGCGAAGACAGUGGAGGAUGCUCGCGUUCGUACUACCUCCGGUGGUAUUAUCACCUUAGCCUCGCUGCUCGUUGUCCUUUACCUGGUUUGGGGAGAAUGGAUGGACUACAGACGUGUGGCGGUUCUUCCUGAACUGGUUGUCGAUAAGUCAAGAGGAGAGAAGAUGGAGAUCCAUCUCAACGUCACCUUCCCACGGCUCCCCUGUGAACUUUUGACCCUCGAUGUGAUGGAUGUCUCCGGUGAACAGCAGGUUGGUGUUGCACAUGGUGUAAACAAGGUGCGCCUGAGCUCGCAGGCAGACGGCGGUCGUGUCCUUGACAUCCAGGCCUUGGAACUUCACUCCCAGCAAGAAGCCGCCAAGCACCUUGACCCCAACUACUGCGGCGAGUGCGGAGGAGCUCCCGUGCCCCCCGGCGUGAUCAAAGAAGGAUGCUGCAACACCUGCGACGAAGUCCGCGAAGCCUACGCCCAGAAACAAUGGUCCUUCGGCAAAGGCGAGAACAUCGAACAGUGCGAGAGAGAAGGCUACGCCGAGCGCAUCGACGCCCAGCGCAGAGAAGGCUGCCGCAUCGAAGGUGUCAUCCGUGUAAACAAGGUGAUCGGCAACUUCCACAUCGCCCCCGGCCGCAGCUUCACCAGCGGUAACAUCCACGCGCACGAUCUCGAAAACUACUUCGACCUCGGCCUCUCCGAUGCAGAGAAACACACCAUGACCCACGAGAUUCACCAGCUCCGCUUCGGCCCCCAGAUUCCCGACGAACUCUCCGAUCGCUGGCAAUGGACUGACCACCACCACACCAACCCCCUCGACGACACUCAACAGGCCACCGAAGAACCAGCCUACAACUACAUGUACUUCGUCAAGGUCGUCUCAACCUCCUAUCUCCCUCUGGGCUGGGACCCGCUGUACUCUUCCGCCGUGCACUCCGCAUACGACCAGGCACCGCUCGGCUCUCACGGCGCCGCCUACGGAACCCAGGGCAGCAUCGAGACACACCAGUACUCGGUGACCUCGCACAAGCGAUCCCUGAGAGGCGGCGACGACGCUGCCGAGGGCCACAAGGAACGUGUGCACGCCCAGGGCGGUAUCCCCGGGGUCUUCUUCAACUACGACAUCUCCCCGAUGAAGGUCAUCAACCGCGAAUCCCGCACAAAGACCUUCUCCGGCUUCCUCACUGGCGUCUGCGCCAUCAUCGGUGGUACUCUCACCGUAGCGGCCGCCGUCGACCGCGGUCUCUACGAGGGUGUCAGCCGUGUGAAGAAGAUGCACUCAAGCUAAACAAAUCACAACUGACAAUAUCAAAAAAAAAAAGCCCUAAAAAGCCCCCAAAACAUGAGCAAAAAAGAAAAUCCAACAAUGUAGGAGAGGCGUCCAGAGUGCGAGACGAGGGAUGAGAGAUGAAGAGGAUCUAUCUGGCAGUAUAAGGCGUUUUUUAUUUUACUUUUAUUUCCCGGGUAUAUUUAUCUGUCUUGUCUCUAUAUGAACAUUUUCAUACAUGUUCUUUUAGCUAGCAUUUUUUUUUUUGUUAAACUUGGCAUUUUCAUCAUCAUCAGUUUUUUUCCCUCA